AUGAGUUACGAGGAAGAGAUAGGGUCAAGGUCAGGAAGAAGGCCUCAGCUGAAGGUCGAGUUGGUAUCAGGUGAAGACAUCAGCAAAAAUCAUGAAUGUCACAGUGACCCAAUCAGUGACAAUAGAUGUGUUGGCAAAGGCAAAAAAUGUCUGAAAGAUAUCAGGAAAGUUGAUAUUUCAUCCAAUGUUAAUGAAGAUGUGAAUCAUGAAAAGGAUUCUAAUGUAACUAAUCUUCCCUUAGUGUACUGCAGCAAACUGGAAUAUAAAAUCAAAGAAACUAUUAAGAAAUUUGAACAUCAGAGUUGUUCAAGGCAUUUCCACAAUAAAAUUCGUUUUGGUUUUGACAGAAAAAGCAGAUAUUCAGAAAUUAAGGAAGACCUAAAGUUUAUUCUGUUUGGCUUACCUCAAAUAAGAAAUGAAUUCAUUCAGCUUUUCCCAGUGUAUGGGGCUUCUAAAAAUCUUGACGAAUUUGUAGAAAGAGAAAUAAAUGAAAAUCAGAGAAAGAACGACCAAGAAACCUACUGCCAUUCAUUGAAUUUAGAACUUGUAAGACUGAGUUCAUUUCACAAUUUCCCAUCCUCCAGCUCAGUAUCAACGGUGAAACUUGCUCGGCAGGGGUUUUAUUAUUCAAGGGAAGAAGACACUGUUAUAUGUUUCGCUUGUGGAUUUAGAAAAAAUGAUUGGAAAAAAGAGGAUGAUGUUGAAACUAUUCAUAGAGCUGCCUCUCCAAACUGUCUGCUUCUUAAUUCAAAUUCUACGAGCAAUAUUCAAAUUGGAAGGAAUGAAGCAAAUGGCAUUGACGAAAAUUGUGUUAUCCAAAAUGAAGGUCAGCAAGGAAUAACUGGACCGUUUACAAAUGGAUCAAAUAUUGCAUCCCAAGUUUUAGUCAAUAAUGAAGAUAUAUCUAGAAACGUAAGAGAUUGUAUACAAAAUCAUUCUUUCAAUAGACCCCCAUUUGAUCAGCUCACAAAAACUAUAGCUCAACAAGAAAAGAUUAAUGCAUUCAUUCGAGACCUAGAUCCGCUAGGUAUUAACUUUGACCAUCCUAAGUAUCCUUCUUACGCAGCAUUAGCAGUGAGAAUUAGUUCCUUCACAGACUGGCCCUCAAGUAUCACACAGACUCCUAGAGACUUGGCCAUUGCAGGAUUUCUUUAUGCGGGAUAUGGAGAUUACACGCGAUGUUUCUUCUGUGGGGGAGGAUUACGAAACUGGGAACCUGGCGACGAUCCUUGGACAGAACAUGCCAGAUGGUUUCCGAAGUGUGCUUUCCUGAGACAGAACAAAGGGGACGAGUUUGUUGCGUUAGUGCAAAUUGAACACCAAGAAGAAGAGGCAUUAGGAGGAAUGAAUGGUCAAAUCGGCGUCCUAGCAAAUGAUAAAAUAACAAUACAAUCCCAGAGUUCUGUACAAUGCGUUACAACACAUCCAGGUUUUCAAAGUCUGCUUGAAAUGGGCUACUCAUCUCCGACUAUUCAAAAAGCGUUUGAUCUCUUGAAAGAAACGAAAGAAUCGAUAGACAUAAAGGCUGAAGAAUUACUAGAAAUAGUUUUAGCUGAAGAAGAGACAACUGGAGAAGACAACUUACCGUCGUCUGCAUCGGGCCUAGGAGGCGUGGAAGAAAAAAUAACAAACGCAGGGAAGUCAAAACAACUUAAAACAGACACUUGCAAAGAUAUGGACUCUGAAUAUUUGAAUGAAGAAAUUGGUGAGUAUAUAAAAGUAUAA